UUAUAGUAUUUGAGUUAUUAUAGUUUUAUGUAAAAAGGAGUUAGCGAUCUUCGCUCAUAACCCAUAGACCUAUUCUUUAAUCUUUAUAGGUCUAUGCCAUAACUCAUUACAGCUUAUCAGUUUAUAUCGACGAUAAAUGAAUAAAUCUGCCAUUUAGAGUAGGUUAACGUAAUAAAACGUAGUGUGAUCAGUUCAAAUUUGUACUCUAUGGAUCAGCUAGACCGUAGACGUAAAGAAACCGAAAGUGGUGUUGAGAUUAGAGGAACAAAAUGAAAAUUAAAGUAGCUAAAAUGUAUUUAAUAUAUAGUUGUUUAAAUAGACAGUGGAUUGUCAUGACUCAUGGAGCCAAGCCAAGGCGACUAAUCACAACCUGUUCACUACUGUAGUAAUAACUACACUCUCCACUGUGAUAGUGCUAUGUGACCAUUGUCAUGGUCCAAUAUUUGUUCAUUUGUUCCAAAUGUGGAACAAAUACCUAUUGGACAAAAAACAUGUUUUGGAAUAACUAAUCAGGGACCCCAAAACAAAAUUAAAUUUUCAAUAUACACUGUAAUAAUUCGAAACUCGAAAGUAAUUAACUAAUGGUUAAUGAAGAAUUAUUUUUUAUACUUCCAUAGGUAUGUCAAAAUUGAACAAGUUGAAUAAAGAUCGUUUAGCCAAGUUUAUAGAAAAUCUUGAAAAGAAAAAUGAAAAGAAACAAAACAAUGCUUUUAAUAACUGCAUACUUUUCUUAAAAACAGCACUACAUGUUUCUCCUAACUUUGUUUAUGAUACCACUUUGGAAACGCAACAUAAUGUAAGACAGUUUUUUGAUGGAAUAGAUUUCAGUUGUAUUGAGCCAGAUGGAUUUUUGAAACUCGCACCUAUUCUGAAACAAGGAGCAGAUAUAAAAUCUUUUAUAUGUUAUAUAGAUACAAUUUUAAAUAAAUAUGAUGUCAAGUUUAAUACACUAUUGAUAGAUGUUUGGAAUUACUUGGGAUGUGAUAUAUUUAAACUACCAGUAUUUAUUCAUGAACGUUGCAUCGAGGCUGUACCAUUUAUUUUUGAAAAUACCGUGUUGUAUGGUAUUAUAUCAUCAUGUAAUGAAGAGUUAAUUGAUAUAUGCACAAGAUCACCUAAAGUUUUUCAAGCAUGUUCUAGUAUACUUAAUGAAAUAUUAAUUAGAUUGAAUUUUUCAAGUACAUUUAUUAAUUUUUUGACAAAUUUUAUUAAAGGUAUAAUUUUACAAUGUAAAACAAAUAAUGUGGAAAUUUUUAACAUUUAUCCAGCUAAGUAUAAAUUUGUAUUAAUUUUAAACGAUUUUGAAAAUUUUAACAAUAUUCUGAUUACAGAAUUUUUUAUGCAGGAAAUUAAAUCAUUAGCAUUGAAUUAUCCCAAACAAUUCAUUUGUCUCCUAAGUCAUUUUCCUAGCAUGUAUUUAAUGUUAGAUAGAUAA